AUGUCAAACGGUUUGUUCACUCGCGACUGCAACUAUUCCCAACGUUUAAAACCUGGUACUAUUUAUUACGUAUACAGCCCCGACUAUCCUAACAUUUCCAAAGGUCGACAAUCCUGCAAAUGGGUGGUGGAAAGCGAUUAUCAAGUGAAAUUAACGUGCAACGAUUUUAACAUACCAUGGAAUAAUAAUUGUGCUCACGACAGAUUGAAUGUAUAUGUAAAUGAUUCUGUGGCUUUUUCUUAUUGCGGCAAUCAGACAUUUAGCGUGAUAUCGACGGGAAAAGUCAUGACUAUUGAAUUAUUGACAUCAUUUUGGUCAUCAGGAGUUCAAUUUCUGUGCGAAUUACAAGCAGAAGAAGAAAUAGCGAAAGAUGAUUGCAGAUGUGGAUGGAAAAAGCCGACAAAAAUAGUGGGAGGUAUGGAAACUGGUGUGAACGAAUAUUCUAUGAUGGCUGGUCUUGUCGAUCCUAAUCGAAGGGAAGUAUAUUGCGGAUCAUCUAUCAUUUCGCAAACACACGUUCUAACUGCCGCUCAUUGUGUGACUGACAGAAAUGCAAACAGAGUGGGUGUACUAGUGGGCGAUCACGAUGUUACCACCGAUAUAGAUACGAGUGCUGCUCGCUUGUAUGUUGCAUCCAGAUUUGAUAUACAUCCUCUUUACAAUCCCGCAACCCUAGAAAAUGAUAUAGCUGUAGUAACAGUCAAUUCGAUAAUAAACUUUAGCGAAGAAGUUGGACCAGCUUGUCUUCCGUUCCAACAUCGAUUCGAUUCCUUCGCAGGAAAUUACGUUGAUUUACUGGGUUGGGGAACGACAGAAUUCGGAGGAAUGAAAUCAAGCACUUUGCAAAAAGUGAUGGUGAGCGUAAUUACAUACCGAGAAUGUCACAGAUAUUAUCCAGGUUUAUUGUACAGUCAAUUAUGCACUUAUGGAGAGGGAAAAGACGCCUGUCAGUUCGACAGCGGUGGUCCUGUUCUUUGGCAAAAUCCUACGACAAAACGAGAGGUCCUCGUGGGCAUUAUUAGUUACGGUAUUGCUUGCGGGAAUAAUGAGCCAGCAAUCAACACACGCGUCGGUAGUUAUGUCGAUUGGAUUUUGGAAGUUACAUCAAGUAGGUACAUAAAAUAUACAAUGCAGCGUAUGUACAUUAGUUGAACAUUAUAUAACGUUUUUAUUGCAGAUACUUAUUACUGCAUGGCCGAGUAA